AUGUCAUCGACGAUUGUACAGAUAUUCUGCCCCGAUCCACUAUCCAGGCUUCUUACGAGCCAACAUGCUGCGGUUUCGGCUGCUCAUUGCCAGUUGUUGUCACGUCCAUUUUCUGGUUCAUCGGAGCCUGACAAGGCAACGCAGCUGCCUACCCAGAAGUCUAAGGCAGUGCACGAGACCGGCGGGGAGCAGAUGAGCAACACAGAAAUUGUGAGAGUAUUGGCGAGAUACUUGUGGCCUGAAGAUCGCCCAGAGUUCCGGCGACGCAUUGUUGGAGCCUUUGCACUUCUUGUGGCUGGCAAGCUCCUCAAUGUCCAGGUUCCCUUCCUUUUCAAGUAUGCAGUCGAUUCUCUGACAUUGGACCCCAGCGGGACUACUGCUACCACUGGGACGCUCAUAGCAUGCACCCCAGUGGCUCUUCUGGCCAUGCAUGGCAUUGUUCGCUCAAUGGCAUCUUUCUGCAAUGAAAUGAGAGGUGCAGUGUUCUCCUCAGUGACUCAGGGCGCCAUCAGGAGUGUGGCCGACAAGCUCUUUGCACACUUGCAUGCGCUUGACCUCAGGUUUCAUCUGUCACGCCAGACCGGUGCCAUCAGCCGCAUCACCGACAGAGGCCUCAGGGGCAUCCAGUUCAUUUUGGGUUCGCUCAUCUUCAACGUUGUUCCCACAGCCCUUGAAGUGUCUUUGGUGGCAGGAAUCUUAGCAUGGAAGUGCGGGGCACCAUUUGCUGCGCUCACACUGGGCACCAUUGGUGCCUACACGAUCUUCACAUUUGUUGUCACCCAAUGGAGGAUUCGUUUCAGGGAAGAGAUGAACAAAUGGGAUUCGCGGGCUGGCAUGCGCAUGACCGACUCCCUCAUCAACUACGAGACCAUCAAAUAUGUUCAGGCAGAGGAUCAUGAGCGACGCAGGCAUGAUGAAUGCCUUGCCGGAUUUGAAAAGGCAGCGGUUCACACCUGGCAGAGCCUGGCAGUGCUGAACUUUGGGCAGAAUGUAAUAUUCUCUGUCUCACUUGCCACGGCGAUGAUCAUGGCCGCACAUGGGAUUGCGAGGGGAGAGAUGACUGUUGGGGAUCUUGUGAUGGUGAAUGGCCUGCUGUUCCAGCUGUCCAUCCCCCUCAAUUUCCUGGGAACAGUGUACCGUGAAACCAGGCAGUCCAUGGUGGAUAUGGGUGCAAUGUUCCGCAUAUUCAAGGAACAGCCCUUGGUAAAAGAUCGCCCGGGAGCCGUGGAGCUGCCAGACCAGCCGCACGGAUACGACAUCGAGCUGCAAGACGUCCAUUUCGGGUACCGACCUGGCUCGCCCACAUUGGAGGGCAUGUCGUUGCGCAUUCCUGCUGGCACGAGCUGCGCCUUGGUGGGCACCAGCGGCAGCGGGAAGUCGACGAUACUCAGGCUGCUGUUCCGCCUUUAUGACAUUGACGGCGGGUCGGUGAGGGUGGGCGGCCACGACGUGCGGGACCUGAAGAGUUCCAGCCUUCGUGGCAAGAUGGGCCAGGUGCCCCAGGACUUGGUGCUGUUCAACGACACCAUUUUUCACAACAUCAGGUAUGGCAACUUGGGCGCUCCUGAGGCUGAGGUGUACCGCGCUGCGGAGAAGGCUCACAUACAUGACACCAUCUUGUCCUUGAAGGAUGGCUAUGACACUAUGGUGGGAGAACGGGGAUUGAAGCUAAGUGGAGGCGAGAAACAGCGUGUGGCACUUGCAAGGGUCUUCAUGCAGAAUCCGCGCAUUUUCCUGUUCGACGAGGCGACUGCGACAGAGCGACAGAUCUUGGAGUCGGUGCGGGACCUUGCGCAGGGGCGAACCUCAGUGUUUGUUGCCCAUCGCCUGUCCACAGCUGCACAGUGCGACCAGAUUGUUGUGCUGGACGGGGGCCGAAUAGUGGAGUCGGGGUCCCAUCAGGAGCUGCUGUCAGCAGGAGGGCGGUAUGCGCAGUUGUGGGAGAAGCAUUCCACCAUGGAUGACUUGGUUGAGAAUUCUGAGACGUGA